AUGGAUCAGACAACAACAACACCCGGCUCGGCCUCGGCCACCGAGAACACGCCACUCCUCCCGACGACAGAGAACCGCCCAAAGUCGUCGCGCACCGUCACCUUCAACCCGAACCCCGUGUCCAAGACGAUAGAGCCCGAGCCGGACUUCCCGCGCCCGCGAACGAGCCAGAACGCCCUCUCGACCAGCCUCGGCGGCCAGAGCUCCGCCAUCGCCUCCAUCAACAGCAAGCUGCGCCGCCGCAACAGCCAUGGCGCCGUCCCGAGCAUGCCCGCGCAGCUGGUGCCCAAGAUCGGCCCCCAGCGGAGCACCAAGAACGCGCAGAAGCUCAAGCUGCUGCCCGCCCCCGAGCUGGAGGACAGCCCCGACGAGGAGAGCGGGAGGGACGUGUACUCGCAGUACACGCGUAUCAAGGACCCCACGGCACGGAGGGACGCCGCGCGGCUGGGCAAGGCGGACCGCGACAGGCUGCCCAGGGUGACGGCGUACUGCACGGCGAACAAGUACCAGAUGGAGGGCCUGAUGCGGUUCCUCAAGGGGCGGGGGAAGACGAGGGGCGCCAACCCCAAGCUGAUUGACGAGUGCAUCUACUCGGCGUACGACUACACCAAGACGGUCGAGAACAGACACGACCGCAGGGUGGGCGCGCAGCCGGACCCCGUGCAGGCGUACGAGAGGCGGCACUCGACGGGCGACGUCUCGGACAACGGCUUCAGCCGGGACAACCUGAUAGACCUGCACUCGGAGGGCAGGCAGGACUCCGGGUUCGCCGACGGCUUCGACGGCGGCCACGAGAACGCCCUCGUCGAGACGAACCCCGACUUCGACACCCAGGUCCACACGCCCGAGGUCUUCCUCUUCGACUACGGCGUCGUCGUGAUAUGGGGCAUGUCGCUGGCCCAGGAGCAGCGGUUCCUGAAGGAGAUUGCCAAGUUCGAGACGGAGAAGCUGGCGCCGGACGACGUCGAGACGGAGCACUUCAACUUUUACUACACGCGGGAGUACCAGGCCCGCAUAUACAACGACUUCAUCACGUUGCGGGACAAGCGGAACUACAUGACCAAGCUGGCCAUCUCCCACGCAUUAGCACAGAGUGUCAAGACGUCCCUCUUCGAGGAGUUGAUAGCUUCGACAGUCGACACAUGUAAAGAUAUCCCCACACAAAUCGCUCUCACCGGCAAGAUCGCCCUGAGCCGGACCCAAAUCAACAUGCAGAUUGGCGAGCUCUUCAUUCUGCGUAUCAACAUCCACCUCAACGGCUCGGUGCUCGACACACCCGAGCUCUUUUGGGUCGAGCCGCAGCUGGAGCCGGUGUACCAGGCCGUCCGCAGCUACCUGGAGAUGGACCAGCGCGUUGGUCUCUUGACGGAGCGGCUCGACGUCAUCGCGGACCUGCUGGCCGUCCUCAAAGACCAGCUCAGCCACGGACACGGAGAGAAGCUCGAAUGGAUUGUAAUUGUACUCAUCGCGGCGGAGAUCGUCGUCGCAGCCAUCAACAUCGUGGUCGACUUGUACGCAUCGGAUUAG